AGGAAAGGAAAAAAAAAGAAAAAAAAAGGAGAGAUCUUGAUUGCAUGAUCUCCAUUAGAGAAGGAGGAGGAGGUGGAGGAGGAAGAAUCUGAAUGAGAGAAAAAUGACGACAAUGAAAGAAAAGUAGAGAACAUAUUUAGAGUAAAGGAGAGGAAAAGAAAGAAGAGAAGAAAAGAAACAACGGAAAAAGGAAGAAAGACGGAUUGAUCCUUUUGUAGAGAUAUAAAAGGAAAAAAAUUGAAGAAGGACAAUGGAGGAGAGGGUGGGGGAUUUGAGGGUUCCUCUGAUCUCUUCCUUGUUCUGUCUUUGUGUAUUAACUGGUGGUGUCCUCCUUGUUCUCUACCUUUUCGUGCCAGAUUACUCUCGGCCGUGGUUUGCUCCUGCAGGAUUGAUCUUGGUUGGUUCUCCUUACAUAUUUUGGCUCCUGACUUACAUUUACACCUGCUUGAAACACUGCUGUUUUGGCGAUAGCAGCAUUGAUGACAACCGCCAGAUUUCAAGGCGGACCUCAAGGGCUCCCACAAUGGGGAAACCUGGUGUUGCCAGGACUGAUUCCAAGGCAAACUCUGCUACUUCUAAUAGCAAUAACAUCAAUGAUGGUAAACAAGAUGGAGGAGAUUCAUCAUCUAUCAACUCCGCAAAGGAAAUUGAGAUGCCUUUAGCCGUAUGAAUAUUAAUCGACAUUAUGCAUGAGCUAAAACAUGAAAGAGAUAUUUGGAUUGCAGAGAUAUUAAUAAUAUGUAAUUGAAGGAUCAUGUCAUCAUUCAGGAGCUGCUAAGGAUGGCGAAGAUUGCGCACAAACGGUGAAUGUAA